AUGCUGUGCAAUGUGCCAUUGCCAAGCUGCGAGGCUCUGAGUCUUCGGGAGCCGGGUCUUUUUCUCGCGCGCUGCCUGCUGGAGGCCUCCGCCGCACUCGCCACUGCUUUGAAGCAAGGAGCCGCUUCGGAAGUUGCUGGGGCGUGUGAGGGGCCUCUCCUGCCUGAGGAUGCGGUGUGGCUUAGGUGGUUUAGGAGCACUUUUGAUGCCUCCCGGUCGGGUGACACGGCUGUUGACAUUCAGUGCCAGAGGUUUUCGCCUCACCAUCCUGCCACGAGCCCGCCCGGAUCCGACAUUCGCUCCUUCUUCGCACGAGCAUCUGCGGCGACAUCUGCGCCUGACAUCGCCAAUGACAUUGACGGUGAGGUUGACAUACCGCCCCCGCCAGCCCCGGUGGCGGGCCACAAACGCCGCAGGCUUCGCCCGGUUCACUCCAAGUGGAGGUGCGAUGAGUGCGGAUUCGUUGCGGUUGGUAAGUAUUGGAGCAUCAACAAACGCCUGCACAUCAUGCGAUGGCACCCUGACCUGCGUGCGAUGCUUUCCCUUUGCAGGCCCGUUGGGCUCUUGCCGUGGACGCCAGCCUGCAUCUGGACAUGCCGGUACUGUGAUAAAGGCCAGGGGACCGAAGGAUCGGCGGACAGCCGCCUCCAUGCUCGCCUGCACCAUCGCGAACAGUAUCAUCCGGAUAAGCCCAGGGCUCACUUUCUGCUCGUUCGGGCAAACAAUGCUCCGGUCGCCACCAAGGCGGUUCGCAACAAGGGUGCGGCAAGCCACCUCAUGCGGUUGAAGAAGGGUGAGGCUGGCGUGCAUGAUCCUAUCCGAGUUGCCACGCCACCGACAGGAAAGGCCAAGAAGAAUCGGGUUUUGUACAGGGUGUUGUGUCGUAAGUGUGGGGCUUAUGCAGCGCGGCUGAAGGACAUCGCCAAUGCUCCUUGCCGCUUGUUUGCGAGCAAGGGCCCCAAGCGCAAGCAGCUUGUGGAGAGGCUCACUGCGGCCCUCGAGCGCACCGAUCUCUCCGAGGAGGUGCGCGACAACACGAUGCGGGCCGUUGAAAUCAUCAAGCAGCUCAACCAGCAAGCCGUCGUUGCCGAGCCGCGUGAGCAUCGGCUCGAGGCCAUCGCAUGGCCUAUCGGAGAGUUCUCUGUGCGCUUCCUGUGCUCUCUGUGCCGGCGCAUCCAUGUCACCGCUGGGGCCUUCCGCAACAAGCCAUGUGUGGGCGAGGCGUAG